GCACCCAAAACCCCGCGCCGCAGCAACCAGCCGAAAGCCGAAAACACCCGCCGCAAAAACCCGCACCUUUCCCCCCGAGCUUUCUCCUCGCCUUGCCCAUGUCCCCCUCCGCGCCCCCCGCCGCCGCCCGCGUCGCGAACCCGGCCAAAACGUUCCCCCAGCCCCUUUCCUCCUCAGCCCACGCUCGCUUCCCCCACCUCUCCAUGUCCACCUCCUCCUCUCCUCCCCGCGCCGCACCCCUCGCCGUGGCCGGCGGUGGGAGCGGCGGCGCCGCGCCCUCACACCUAGCCGCCGACCCAGGCCACCGCGAGGCCGUCCUUAUCGCCGCGCGCGCCGCCAUGGGGAACUGCCUCGGGGAGACCCGCCUCGACCUCGCCGUCCCGGGGCUCCGCCUCGCCGCCAAGGGCAAGGUGAGGGACGUGUACGAGAGCGGGGAGCACCUGGUGCUGGUGACCACCGACCGGCAGAGCGCGUUCGACCGCGUCCUUGCUUCCAUCCCGUUUAAAGGCCAGGUGCUUAAUGAGACAAGCCUUUGGUGGUUCAAUAGGACCCGUCAUAUUACUCCAAAUGCAGUAGUAUCUUCUCCUGAUAAGAAUGUGACAAUUGCCAAAAGGUGCUCGGUUUUUCCAGUUGAAUUUGUUGUGAGGGGAUUUGUUACAGGAAGCACUGAUACAUCGUUGUGGACGGUUUAUAAUAAGGGUGUCAGGAACUAUUGUGGAAAUGCUCUUCCUGAUGGUAUGGUAAAGAACCAGAAGUUGUCCGCAAAUAUUCUCACACCAACGACGAAAGCUGUAGAUCAUGAUGUCCCUGUUACUCCGGAUGAGAUAAUCAAGUCAGGGCUGAUGUCAAAGGAAGAUUUUGAUGAAGCGAGAAGCAAAGCCUUGAGCUUGUUUGAAUAUGGACAGCAAGUGGCGUUACAGAAUGGAUUGAUUCUAGUUGACACAAAGUAUGAGUUUGGAAAAACAGACGAUGGGACAAUCAUGUUGAUUGAUGAGGUUCAUACUCCUGACUCCAGCAGAUAUUGGAUUGGUAAUUCAUAUGAAGAGAGAUUCAAAUCUGGUCUUGAGCCUGAAAAUGUUGACAAGGAGUUCUUAAGGCUGUGGUUUAAGAACAAUUGCAAUCCAUAUGAAGAUGCGGUUCUGCCAGGAGCUCCAGAAGAGCUUGUUUGUGAACUAGCUUGGCGGUAUAUUUUCCUGUUUGAAACAAUUACAAAUACAAAAUUCGAGAUCCCAGAAACACAGGAACCGAUUCGCGAAAGGAUUUCAAGGAAUGUCGCCCAAGCCUUACAGAAUCUAUGAUUGCUGAUGGGGGAACCCGGAGCGAAACUUGCUGAUGACAAUAAGAGGUGCAUUUCUGGUACCAAUAUUCCCGUGGUAUACUAGUAUGUGCACAGUGCACAUGCCAUAUAUCCUUCCACUGAAGAUUGGCAAUUUGGCAUGGCUUGUUGAUGAAGCAGGACUAUCCACGUGGCCCGUAAUGUAACAUGGCAACAAACAUGACUGGAGCCAUUUGUGUUCUUGUGAGCAAUUGGCAUGCUCUAAAGUUAAGCUUUGUCCUUCUGCUUGGAGCAUGAGAGGACAGAGAAGUGCAAUUUGCAUACUUUUAUGGGACAGGGAAAUGAUACAUGCUUAUUGGUCCUCUAAUUUUUCA